AUGGAUCCUCUCGACAUCGCUGCUGCAGAAAAGUCAUCUGCUCGGAGAAAUGAUGCUGAGAAAUCAGUUCCUGAGAAGAUUUACAAAGUGGUGACGAAAGAUAUGGAAGUGUGCGAGGUUUCCGCUUCGGUGAUCAGCAUGUCCAAGCUAAUCACUACGAUGCUCGAGGAUUUGAAUCUUCAAGAUGAUGACGCUCCGAUUCCUGUUCCGAACGUAACAUCUGCAAUUUUAAAGAAGGUGGUGUAUUGGUGUGAAAAACAUAAGCCUGUUUCUGAGAAGACCGCAUCAAUGAAGAAGAACGACGAAGAACUGCAAGACCCCUCAGAGAUCAAAAAGUGGCGUAGCGAAUACUUCAAAGUAGAUCAUGCAGUGUUGUUCGAAAUAAUUAUGGCUGCCAACUACCUGGACAUCCCUGGAUUGCUCGAAGACAGUUGCGAAGUGGUCGCUAGCAUGAUGAGGGGCAAGACUGCAGAAGAGAUCCGGCUGAUUUUCAACAUCGCUAAUGACUUAACACCUGAGGAAGAGGAAAAAAUCAGAAAGGAGGGCAAUUUGCCUGAAGAGUAG